AUGGCCCAGGAGAUGAAAAUUGAGAUUGUCAAGAAGGAAACCAUAAAACCAUCUGCCCCAACUCCCCACAACCUCAAAAGUUUCAAGCUCUCUCUUUUAGAUCAGCUUGUUCCUGUAGUAUAUGGUCCUAUGGUUCUUUUCUACCCCAGCAAUGUCAGUGAGGUUACAUUAACAGAGGAAAGGUCGCAUCAGCUAAAGAAAUCACUCUCAGAGGCCUUAACUCGCUUCUAUCCACUUGCUGGAAGAAUCAAAGAUAACCUGUUUAUUGAAUGUAAUGAUGAGGGGGCUGUCUAUGUUGAAGCUCGAGUCAACGCCCUUCUGUCGAACUUCCUCGAUCAACCCAACUUGGAAAUACUAAAAUUGCUGCUUCCUAUUAAGGUUGAAUCCCCUGAAGCAGGCACAGGGUGCCUACUGCUUGUUCAAGCCAGUUUCUUUGAGUGUGGAGGAUUGGCCAUAGGUGUGUGCAUGUCACACAAGCUUGCUGAUGCAUCAACUUUGAGCACAUUCAUCAAAGUUUGGGCUGCCACAGCUCUUGGCCUUGGUCACACUGUGGUACCAGAUUUCAGCGCAGCAACCCGAUACCCGCCUGGAGAUUUCUCAGCGCAGAGUCCUGCAGCUGCCGUGGAGAUGAAGAUAGUCAAGUGUGUCACAAAGAGAUUUGUGUUUGAUGGUCCAAAGAUGAGAGCUCUUAAAGCUAAAGUCACUAGUGGAA